CUUAAACUCUAGGCUCACUGGCAGGGGAAACUUUAGUGUGAAGUGCAGCAUUGGUUUCUCUCGGGGAGCUUUCUUCUCUUUUCCUUUCUGCCUCCCCAAAUACUGAGGACUGUAGCAGCACUCUCCUUUGAAUUUCUCUGUGAACUUGUGUGAAGCUCGUCAAAUUUUUCUGAGUAUGUUUAGCAACACUGGGAGUUGCUCUUUAAUAGAGAUAUGGAAAAGAGCAGCAUAAAGCUGAUGGCAGAGAUGGAGCACGCCUUGUAAAUGGACUAAGAGGACCCUGGGAUCCUGGUAAGCACUUAAUUCCCUGUAUUCUCUGAGCAUUUCACAUUAUUAACAAGUCUUUCACAGCAAUGGAUUGAUUAUCUGUGCAGUCAAAACCAGUUUGGCUCUUUUAGAAGACUUUGCAUCAUUAACUUAAACCCUCAAUGUGUAGUAAAGAUGGCUACUAGAGCAUGGCUUCUAGAGGAAAAUGUAUAAGAGAAAAACAUUUUGGAGAAGAAAGUAUUGCACCACUUGAACAAAGCUUUGAAGCAUUAAAAUCUGCAGAAAUCAUCGAGCCCUGAGAAGUCUAAUCAUGAAUUCUGAAGUUGGUAUGAAAUACGGAAAUGACUCCCCUGCAGAGCUGAGUGAGAUGGUGAAGCCAUGAGAAAUGAAAAAAGUAACUUCCACUUCCAUUCUACCAGAUUAUCUUCCUUUAGCAGCCCUGUCUUCAUUAAAGGGAGACAUCGUGGAGCUUAAUAAGCGUCUACAACAAACAGAAAAGGAGCGUGACCUGUUGGAAAAAAAAUUGGCAAAAGCACAGUGUGAGCAGUCCCACCUGAUGAGAGAGCAAGAGGAUGUGCAGGAACGAACAACACUGCACUAUGAGGAGCGGAUCACGGACCUGCAUGGCAUCAUUGCUGAGCUCAACAAGAAAAUCAGUCGGCUGCAGGGAGCAACCAUAAGGGAGGAGGAUGAGUGCUCAGAGCUGCGGUCGGAGCUGAGCCAAAGCCAGCAGGAGGUUAACAAAGACUCACACAGCAUGGACCAGAACUCUUUCUCAGUGCCAGAGAACCAGUCCACCAUGGUCACUGCAGAUGUGGAUAACUGUAGUGACUUGAAUUCAGAACUGCAGAGAGUGUUGACAGGUCUGGAAAAUGUUGUCUGUGGGAGGAAGAAAAGCAGCUGCAGUUUAUCAGUGGCAGAAGUGGACAGGCACAUUGAACAACUCACUACUGCCAGCGAACAUUGUGAUUUAGCCCUUAAGACUGUGGAGGAGAUUGAGGGUGUGCUGGGAUGUGACCUUUAUCCAAACCUGUCUGAGGAGCAGUCUCAGUGGGAGAAGGAGCUGGCUGGCCUGCGGGAAGAGAAUGAGAGCCUCACAGCCAUGUUGUGCAGUAAAGAGGAGGAGCUCAACAGGACCAAGGCCACCAUGAACGCUGUCCGUGAGGAGAGGGACAGGCUGCGUAGAAGGGUCCGGGAGCUGCAGACUCGUUUGCAGAGCAUGCAGGCCAUGGGCCCAUCCAGCCCAAGCCGCCUCAGUCCUGCCAACCGCCCCAUCAACCCCAGCACAGGAGAGCUGAGCACCAGCAGCAGCAGCAACGACGUUCCGAUCGCCAAGGUUGCUGAAAGAGUGAAGUUGUCAAAGACAAGAUCAGAGUCUUCAUCAUCUGAUAGACCUGUCUUAGGAUCAGAAAUCAGCAGCAUAGGGGUGUCUAGUACUGUGGCUGAACAUUUGGCACAUUCACUCCAAGACUGUUCAAACAUCCAGGAAAUCUUCCAAACUCUCUAUUCACAUGGGUCUGCUAUCUCUGAAAGCAAAAUCCGAGAGUUCGAAGUGGAGACGGAGAGAUUAAAUAGCCGUAUUGAACACCUGAAAUCCCAGAAUGACUUGCUGACAAUAACACUGGAGGAGUGCAAGAGCAAUGCAGAGAGGAUGAGCAUGCUUGUGGGCAAGUACGAGUCCAAUGCUACAGCUCUGAGGCUGGCACUGCAGUACAGUGAACAGUGCAUAGAAGCAUAUGAGCUGCUGUUGGCACUGGCAGAAAGUGAGCAGAGUCUCAUUCUUGGACAAUUCAGAGCUGCAGGUGUUGGUUCUGUUGGGGACCAGACAGGUGACGAAAAUGUCACCCAGAUGCUUAAGAGGGCUCAUGACUGCAGGAAGACAGCUGAGAAUGCAGCAAAAGCCUUGCUGAUGAAGCUGGAUGGGAGCUGUGGGGGAGCCUAUGCAGUCACAGGCUCUAGCAUGCAGCCCUGGGAAAGCCUCUCCUCCAACAGUCACACCAGUACUACCAGCUCAACUGCAAGUAGUUGUGACACAGAGUUUACGAAGGAGGAUGAGCAGCGGUUGAAGGAUUACAUCCAGCAGCUGAAAAAUGACAGGGCAGCAGUGAAACUGACAAUGCUGGAGCUGGAAAGCAUCCACAUUGAUCCCCUUAGUUAUGAUAUCAAACCACGUGGAGACAGCCAGAGGUUGGACCUGGAAAAUGCAGUCUUGAUGCAGGAACUCAUGGCAAUGAAGGAAGAGAUGGCAGAGCUCAAGGCACAACUUUACCUACUGGAGAAGGAGAAGAAGGCUUUGGAAUUGAAGCUGAGCACUCGAGAGGCCCAGGAGCAGGCCUAUCUCGUCCAUAUUGAGCACUUGAAGUCUGAAGUAGAAGAACAAAAAGAGCAGAGAAUGAGGUCUCUCAGCUCAACCAGCAGUGGAAGCAAAGACAAGCUGGGCAAGGAAUGCAGUGAUGGCACCAUAACACGGCUAACACUUGCUGAGCUGAGACCAUACAAUGAGAAUGAACUGACUGCUGAGCUGACAAAUGCACUCAGGAGGGAGAAGAAACUGAAAGCAAGAGUGCAGGAGUUAGUGAGUGCUUUGGAGAGACUCACGAAGAGCAGUGAAAUCAGACAUCAGCAGUCUGCAGAAUUUGUUAAUGACCUUAAAAGGGCAAACAGCAACUUGGUAGCAGCUUAUGAAAAAGCAAAGAAAAAGCAUCAAAAUAAGCUGAAGAAACUGGAAUCACAAAUGAUGGCCAUGGUGGAGAGACAUGAAACCCAAGUUAGAAUGCUCAAACAAAGAAUAGCUUUACUUGAAGAAGAGAACUCCAGACCACACACCAAUGAAACUUCACUUUAAGUGCAUCUCUUUAAAGGAUGCUUAGUGCCACUACAACUUUACUUUGGAGGUUGACUUUUACGUAGCUUGAAAUGUUAAAAGGUCUGAUUGUCAAUGCAGACAAAACUUAAAAGCACCUUCUCUGGGAUCCCAGAGAGGUGUCAUGGGGAUAAUAAAAGUGGUAACCAUUGUAAAAUGGCAGUGCCUGAAUUAUGCUAUAAUGUACAUUGUCUGUGUUGUUAUGUCUGUAUUCAUACAACUUCUCUUCCAUUUUAUCAGUGGCCCAUAGGUGACAGUGUCACACAGCAGGAUAAUUAAUGUUAAGAGAUUUUCAUUUGGGUAGUUUGGAGAUCAUGUGGGAGUUUUCCCUGUCCCUGAGCUCUCUCUGCACACGAGUCCAUAUUGUACCCUCAAGACUGGCUGUUGUGGUUACACCAGCAAACAGGCAGCUGCAGAGGUGGGGAUGACAGCCUGUCUGGCUUUUUCUUUGCACCCUGCUUGCAGUUCUGCUGCUCACAGUGCAGGUCAGGUAGGAAAACUCCUGUUGAUUUGGGAAAAAAACAAGCAAGCGUAGUUGCAUCUCUGUGAAUUAUGAUAAAGUAUAACUUUUACAGUGUGUAAGAGGGCCAAAGGCUGUGGGCUUCACCAUGCCACACAGACAGUCUAUGCCAAGGGUGGGUAAGAAAUUACAGAAGACCUCCUGGUAUUUAUAUUGCAUGGUGUUUGCAACUACUUUGUAGAAAAAAGUUGGUUUUCCUAGAUGUAUACUCUAUAUCCAAGGUUUUCUUUAAGAAGCUGGGCCAUUUUUGUCACAUGUGUUGUGCUUAUUACAUCUUACUGUGCUUAUUACAUCUUACUUAUUACAUGUGUAAUAAGCACAUGUGUUGUGCUUAUUACAUCUUACAUAAAAAGAAUGUCUUCUUUUUAUGCCUUUUUUUUGACCAAAAAAAGAUACUUAAGUAAUGUACCUGCUUAAUAUUGAAUACAUAGGCACAAAACUAGUAAUGUGUAGAUGGAUGGAUAUCCAGCCACAAACAGAAUGUGAAUGGUGAAGUCUUAGAGCUUCUUAGGUUAAUUUUUGUUAUUCUCUUGUUUAAAUCACAUAUUGCUGUAUUAUCAAACUGACUGAAGUACAAAUUUUGGCUUGUUAGGUUAAUGAACAUUAAGGAAAUCAAAAUCUUGGGGAUCAGGUUGAUUUCUGUAGGGGUCAAUAUACAGCAGUCUGCCAUAGCACCUGUUAUAUUCAGAACUUGCUGGGGUUUUUUUGCUGCCUUUUUUUUUUUUUUUUGACAGAUUACAUAAAACAACUUCAUGUGUAUUUAAAAAAAAUAAGCUAUAGUCCCUUCAUUGUGUUAGCCUGCUGCUGUGUUAUGCCUCUGCUUUGCAUUUUCCAGGCUGAUCAGGAGCUGUUUAUCAUUUUUGCUUUACAUUUUUGACUUGCACCUCAAGUUUUUUACUAGUAUAUUUAGAAUUAUGAUAAUUUCUCUCAUUUAUGUCUCCAUUACUAGUAUUAAGAAAAUACUUUUAGAGAACUUUUUUUGCCUACUGUUGGUUAGGUCAGUGAGACAACAUAGCGGGAAUUUGUGUUCCGAAUACGGGAUUAUUGUUAAGUCUUGGUUAUAUCUUGAACUACAGCAGUUGGUUUUCCAUCUCUUACUACUGUACCUGCUGUUGUCUGCUGUUCUUAGUCAUUCCUACUUCUCUGGAGUCUAGUACAUCAUCCACAAAACCAGCAUCACUUGUGAUUGAUGCAACAAUCACAACAACAAAUUUAAUUUGCAACAGCAAAUUAAAACAAUGAUUUAAAAAUGUUUAGGUAGUGAGGUUCUGGUUUUGAUCAGUCUUCCUUCUCAGAAUAAUUGCACUUCUUAAUUCUUAAUGUGACUAGAAAUUUUUGCAAUUUAUUCUCUUGAGGGAGGAGGCACAUUUAUUUCUGUUUUUAUGGUUCUGCUUAGCAGCUGUCUAUGGUGUUUCCCCUUUUUUGGCCCCAUUUUCUCACACCCAGGAAGGUGGGGUUUUGCCAUCAGCUUCAGAGGUAGCUGAGCACACUUGUUCUGAAGAAACACAAAGGUAAGUAUCCACCAUGUGCUGUGGCAAAAACACAGUUACACUUUUGUCUUCUGGCAUCUAGAACACCUGUGUGACUUGAGGUCACCUCAGAAUGUCCAUGUGAAAUACCUUUCACUGGAGAGGACAGAAACCAUACUGCACUGGGCUGCCUCCUAGGCUCAUUUUCCCCUCCUAUUUAGAAUAAUAGAACUACAGAAUGUUUGGGGUUGGAAAGGAUCCUAAAAAUCAUCUUGUUACAAUCACUUUCUCUGGGCAGGGAUAUCUUCCACUGGAUAAGGUUGUUUCAAGCCCCAUCCAAACCAUCCAAAAUGGCCUUGAACAUUCCAGGGAUGGGGCAGCCACAACUCCUCCGUGCAACCAGGGCGAGUGCCUCAGCACCCUCGCACUGAAGUUUCUUCCAUAAAAAUUCAGAUACUUACACAGAGGCAUAAAAAGCUGCAGCCUCAGUUCUUUUCCCAGGCCUGACAGUUUGCUGAUUAUUUCAUUACAUUUAGCAUGAAUCUUCCAUGCCAGCUGUGCUCUAGAAGUACUUCAGAAUAAAUUAUAAAUCAUCAGUAAACAUAAACCACUCCUUUUCCCAUAAGGGUUGUAGGUGAAAAGCAGCACUGGUACCAUCCAGCCUCAGCAACAGCCAGUUUGCUAGACCACCAGUUGAUUUUUACCUCAGCAAGUAGCUACUGCAUCAUUUGUUGACAUAGUGGAAAGGAUCAACAGGGAAGUGCUCACACAUCUAAUGUUACUGUGAAAACUGUUCAAUAGUGAUAAUCAGCUGCAGGACCAGUGUACCUCAUGAAAAUGGCACCAACCCUCAGAAAAAAAAAAAAGCCAAAAAAAAGGUCAAACUCCUUUUAUGCAAAUCUGAAGUACCAAUACCUGUGUGCAGUGCACCAUGAGUUCCAGCAACUUAACCCUCUUAACGCUUGUUGCAGAAAUAAUAAAUUCGCAAAGCAAGAAAAGAGAUGAUUCUUGCCAACCUAAGUCCAUUAAUGAAUUAAUGAUUUGACUUUUUUUUUAUUUUAUUAAGUCACCAGAGUGCAUGAAACUUUGUAUUUCACAGAGUGCUCAGAAAAAAACAUUUUUUUUCCAAUUCUAUGAUGUAUAAAUCAUAGCUGGAAUGAACUGUUAGCUAUUGCAAAGCACAUGUGACUAAGUUUGCAUUCAUGUCAUGUUCUACUGGUUUUAUUAGACUUUUUCUCCUCCUUUAAUACUAUACCAUGCAUUGUAACUUUAGAAACUUUUCACGUUACUGAAUUAGCUUUAAAUAUGUUGCUACCUUUUCCUUUCCUAGAAGCUGUAAA